AUGUACCUCACAGCGCUCUUCCAAUAUUUUGAAGAGUUUAGUGCGGAUCUCGGGACCCAAAAUCCAGGAAAAUCCAUUGAUGAUAGAGUGGAAUUCUCUUCACAUGCCUUCGAUGACACGAGCGACUUUGUGACGGGGAAACGAGAUCAAAUUCGGCUCAGGAAUUUGACCGUUCUUCUUGUCCAGGAGUUUAGCACAGAGCAGCAGGAACUUGCUCAUCAAGGCAACGAUGGUGCAGUGGUUGUCUCCGCUAACAAGGACAUCGGUUUCGGGUCGUCAGCGACUCAGGAGGAGAUCUUUAUGGGCAAUUGUCCAGAAGCCUGUCCUGCAGUGCUCUUCACUCCAACAUUACAGGAUGAUCAGACUCUGACUGUAUGUGGAGCUCGCCCUAUGCUGAGAAUAUUGGGUCAGCGCCGCGAAGUCUCCUGGGAGAAACUCGGGCCAGGAGAAAGACAAGGAGGCAGAAUGCUGCUCAUGGACGCACUAGAAUUCGAUGAGGCGGAUGAGUUGGGGACAUUGCCUGAUUUCAAGCAGGAGAACAUUUUGCGUGAGAUACGAAAGGCGUAUACGGCGUUUUCGUCCUGGACGGGCGGUGAUGCUUCGACUGUGUGGACGGGAUUAUGGGGCUGCGGCGCGUUUAAUGGCGAUCCUGCUGCCAAGGUGAUUAUCAUGUGGAUAGCGGCUUCGUUGGCAGGCAAGGAAUUGCGGUUACUCUGUGAUGCUUCCCAGGGCGAUUUUGCGGACAAAUGCGGACGAUUUGUUAAGAAGGUUGCCUCGACUUGGACGGUGCGGGAGCUCGAGGAUUGUUUGAAGGCUAUUCCUCAGGGUACUAGGCGUUUAGAAACGAUGGAUUGGCUGCUUGACAAUGUACCUGAUUUUUGA